CAUACGAUUAGCUUUGGUUCAUGAUAUGGCGGAAUGCAUUGUUGGAGAUAUUGCUCCUGCAGAUAAUAUUUCAAAAGAGGAGAAACACAGGAGAGAAGAGGCAGCUAUGCAGCAACUGACCCAGCUUCUAUCAGAGGACCUCAGAAAAGAAAUCUGUGAACUCUGGGAAGAAUAUGAAAACCAGUGUACUGCAGAAGCCAAGUUUGUAAAACAGUUGGAUCACUGUGAGAUGAUACUGCAAGCAUUUGAGUACGAAGAGUUGGAAAACACACCUGGCAGACUGCAGGAUUUUUACAAUUCAACUGCUGGAAAGUUUGUUCACCCAGAAAUACUCCAGCUUGUAUCUCUGAUUAACACAGAAAGGAAUAAAAAAAUAGCUGCUGCAUCUCAUCCACAUUCCUGAAGUGUUCCUAAAUGCUGUAGCUAUAAUAAAUAUUUUGUUUUAUAUU